AUGACCACCUCAGGGACACCCACGACCACCCCAGAGGUCAUCACAACCUCAGGGACCACCACUACCAUUCCAGGGACCACCAAGACCACCCCAGAGUCCACUCCAACCAUCUCAGAGACCUCCACGACCUCAGGGACCACCACGACCUCCCCUAAGACCACCCCAACCACCUCAGAAUCCACCAUGACCACCUCAGGAACUUCCACGACCACCUCAGGGACCACCAUGACCACCCCUGUGACAUCCAUAACCACCUCAGGGACCACCCCAACCACCUCAGUGACCUCCACGACCUCAUGGACCUCCACAACCACCUCAAGGACCACCUCAGAGUCCAUCACCACCACCUCAGUGACCUCCACAACCUCAGCAACCUCCACGACCACAUCAGGGACCACCAUGACCACCUCAGGGACACCCACGACCUCAGGGAUCACCACGACCUCUCCUAAGACCACCCCAACCACCUCAGAAUCCACCAUGACCACCUCAGGAGCUUCCACGACCACCUCAUUGACCACCAUGACCACCCCAGAGUUCACUUCAACCACCUCAGUGACCUCCACGACCACAUCAGAGACCACACCAACCUCCUCUGGGACCACCACCACCAUCCCAGGGACCACCACGAGCACUCCAGAGUCCACCUCAACCACCUCAUUGACCUCAACAACCUCAGGAACCUUCACGACCACCGCAGAGACCACCACCACCUUCCCAGGGACCACCAUGACCACCCCAGUGGCCACUCCAACCAUCUCAGAGACCUCCACGACCUCAGGAACCUCCACAACCACCUCAUGGACCACCAUGACCACCUCAGGGACACCCACGACCACCCCAGAGGUCAUC